AUAAAUCUCCAUGUACUGAUCGUGGCCCUGAAGAUGCUGACAGCUGCCGGUUUCUCUGGGAAGGCCAUGUUCCGACCUUCCAUUCUUGGCCAUUCUUGGGAGAUCUUACUUGGCCGUGAAACCUCCCUGAGGAGCUUUUCUUCUAAACACAAUAUUCCUCCAUCAGCCAAGUAUGGUGGGCGGCACACUGUGACUAUGAUUCCUGGGGAUGGCAUCGGGCCUGAACUUAUGCUGCAUGUCAAGACUGUGUUCAGACGUAUGUGUGUGCCUGUGGACUUUGAGGAGGUGCAGGUUAACUCCACUUCUUGCGAAGAGGACGUGCAUAAUGCCAUCAUGGCAGUCCGUCGAAACCGUGUGGCCUUGAAGGGCAACAUUGAAACUGACCACAGUCUGCCACCAUCUCACAAAUCCCGCAACAGCCUGUUUCGCACCAUGCUAGAUCUCUAUGCCAGUGUCAUCCAUUUUCAGAGUCUGCCGGGUGUGGAGACCCGGCACAAGAACGUAGACAUCUUAGUUGUUCGGGAAAACACAGAGGGUGAAUACAGCAACCUGGAGCAUGAGAGUGUGAAAGGAGUGAUAGAGAGCCUAAAGAUCAUCACUAAGGCCAAGUCUUUGCGCAUUGCUGAAUAUGCCUUCCAGCUGGCCCAGGACAUGGGGCGCAAGAAAGUGACAGCUGUGCACAAGGCCAACAUCAUGAAAUUGGGAGAUGGUCUCUUCCUCCAGUGCUGUAGGGAGGUGGCCUCCCACUAUCCUCAGCUCACCUUUGAAAGCAUGAUUGUCGAUAACACUACCAUGCAGCUGGUAUCCCGCCCCCAGCAGUUUGAUGUCAUGGUGAUGCCCAAUCUUUAUGGCAACAUUGUCAACAAUGUCUGCACAGGGUUGGUUGGAGGAGCAGGGCUUGUGCCUGGUGCCAACUAUGGACACAUAUAUGCAGUGUUUGAAACAGCUUCAAAGCAAUCUGGCAAGAAUAUAGCCAAUAAGAAUAUGGCUAACCCUACUGCCAUGCUGCUGUCGAGUUGUAUUAUGCUGGAUUACCUCAAGCUUCACUCCUAUGCCACUUCCAUACGUACUGCAGUCUUGGCAUCCGUGGAGAAUAAAAGUGUCCAUACUCCAGACAUUGGAGGCCAGAGUACCACAUUGGAUUUCAUUCAAAAUAUCAUCAACCACAUCGAUACUGUCAAUUAAAUGGCCAGUGCCUUGGAGGCUAAGCUAUCCUGCAACGUCCUUUGUCCCACAUUUGACCUCACCCUGCCCACUCAGAACCCCUGUCCAGCUUGUUUAGUGUGGACUCCAGAAUAAAGUAGCUUCUGCUCCAAUUCAGA